AUGGUGAUAUCAUCUCGAGAUAUCGUCAGAAAUGUGAUUUUCAAUGAGCCGACUUUCAAAGCAUACGUAAGUUCUAGCGAUUUUUGGCUGAAAAUGCCUGGAAUUCAUGAUUUUCAGAUGUAUCCUCGUCAAAUUUUCAUCGGAAACGAGAAAAUUCCACUGUCAAAACAACGAAUGGAGAUUACUGUGCAUAAUGGGAAAUUAUUUUUGAUUAUCACUGUGAUUCCGGUUGGCGGGAAUAAUAAUCAGCCAAAAAUGAUUAGCAUCAAUUUUUCGCAGUUUCGAAAUAUUACUGUGAGUUUUUGAUUUUUCUCGAGCGGAGCGAGUGUAGACCGCAAGCUUCCGCUUCAGCGGCCACGCGGUUUCCACGUCAUAGCAAGCUCAGGUGGCCGCUGACGCGGAAGCUUGCGGUUUACACUCGCUCCGCUCGAAAACCCCCUUCCAAGUCCUAUUCUGAAAUAUCUAGUAAAAAUCUGAAAAUUAGAAUUUACAGCACAAAUUAUGGGACGAUUUAGUAACUAUAAAUUAGUUUCUGAAUCGUCCCAUAAUUUGUGCUGAAAUUCCAGCAUGUUUCAGAUUUUUAUUGGAAUUUCAGCGGAGAUGCGGAAGCUAUGCCCAAAUUUUUAUCGAGCGACGCAAGUCGCGAGUGUAAACCGGAAGAUUCCGCGUCAGCGGCACUGUCUUCCGCUUCAGCGGCCACGUCUAAGCUUUUCUGGGCCCAUAAGGCUGUAGACGAUGCCGCUAAAGCGGAAGAUAGUGCCGCUUGCGCGGAAUUUUGCGGUCUACACUCGCUCCGCUCGAAUUUCCAAGUCAAAUUCUGAAAUAUCCGAUAAAAAUCUGAAAAACUAGAGAAAAUCUAGCAUUUUUCAGAUUUUUAUUGGAAUUCCAGCGGAGAUGCGGAAGCUAUGCCCAAAUUUUCUACAAUUUUCACCAGAAACUUGGAUGUUUCAGCUCAAAACGUUUGGAAACGAAACCGAUCCGCCAGCUCUGAUCUUCCAUUUGGCUCCAGCUUCAUCUUAUCGAAUUCUGAAUGCUCUUGGCGACAAUUUGUCGAAUCUUCUGAGCAGCAGAGCAACCGAUUUGGCGUCACAGGAAUAUUUGAAAAAGUUCGUGAGCGCCUUAGGCGCGAGUGUAAUCCGGAAAAUUCCGCGAAGCGGCCACGUGGUUUACUAUGAUAUGGCAAACGUCAUAUUAAUCCGCGUGGCCGCUGCGCGGAAGCUUGCGGUCUACACUCGCUCCGCUCGAAAACCCCCUUCCAAGUCCUAUUCUGAAAUAUCCGAUAAAAAUCUGAAAACUGGAAUUUUCAGCACAAAUUAUGGGACGAUUCAGUAACUAUAAACUAGUUUCUGAAUCGCCCCUUAAUUUUUGCUGAAAUUCCAGAAUUUUCAGAUUUUUAUUGGAAUUUCAGCGGAGAUGCGGAAGCUAUGCCCAAAUUUUCUAAAACUUGAAACUUUCAGCACAAUCAUCAUAACUCUUCAAGAAGAACCAGCAAAUCCGAACGAAAAUGAGGAGAGAUUCAUGAGCUUCGCAAUCAAUUCAAAUCAUCAAAAUCAGGAAAAUGCUCCAAAAUUGGAGCAUUUUGAUAUGGAACAAAGUUUUGAGAUUUGGAAAAAUGAGAUUCAAACGAAAUGGACGGCAAGGUUUUCGGAAAGAUGGAGAAGGACUUUUGGAAAUCAGACGAUGGAUUUUAUUGGUAAGAUUUGGUGAAAAUAUGCUCAGAGACUGAAAAUUCGUGAUUUUUUACUUAAAAUUCAUGGUUUUUCACCUAAAGUUACCCUAACUCCCUUAUUUUUUCCAGACAUAAUUCCUGAAAACGACUUCCGUCAAAUGAUGCGAGCCAUUGGCCUAAUGAUCAAACCAGGCAUCACACAAUCAUUGGAUUAUUUCUAUUUUGAUGCAAAAGUCAAAGGAAUCAAUGCAUUGUUCAGAGAAAUCAAUAAUUAUAAACCGCUUGAGGAAAUUUUGAAAUUGAAGUGAGUUUUUGGGCGAAAAUUGACCAAAAAUAGCAAAUGUGCUCCAUUGAACUAUCCCCGUUUCUCUGAAAAAUUCAAAAUUUUUUUUUCCAGAGCUGGCGAAAAACGAAGAGCUGAGCCUAGCCCGGUUAAAGUAAGUGGUUUUUUGCAUGGGACUAAUUUUUGAAGCUUUUCCUAAUUUUUAACCUGAAAAAAUGGCUGAAAAUCUCUGAUUUUUGCAUGAAAAAUUGGAGAAAAACGGGUUUUCAUGAGAAUUGACUGAAAUUUCAAGAUUUUCAGUCGAAAUCUGGGAAAUUUAUCAUUUUUCAAAUUAAAAAUGAUUUUUAAAUUUUUAAUUUUAGGUCACGUUUGAAAUUUCAAGUAAGACCUGAAAUUAAAAAUUUAAAAAAAAACCUAAGUUUUUGCUGAAAAUCACUAAAAAUCUGUUUUUUAGAAAAUAAGUUAUGAAAGUAUCAAAUUUUUUGAUGAAAAAUAAGAGAAAUCACAAAUAUGUCACCUGAAAAUCUGUAAUGUAAUCCGCAAGCUUCCGCGUAAGCGGCACUAGCUUCCGCUUUAGCGGCCACGUGGUUUACUAUGAUAUGGUAAACGUCAUAUUAGUCCGCGUGGCCGCUAAAGCGGAAGAUAGUGCCGCUUACGCGGAAGCUUGCGGUUUACACUCGCUCCGCUCGAACCUCCAAGUCCUAUUCUGAAAUAUCCGAUAAAAAUCUGAAAACUGAAAUUUUCAGCACAAAUUCUGGACCUAUUCAAUAACUAUAAUUUAGUUUCUGAAUCGUCCCUUAAUUUGUGCUGAAAUUCCAGCAUUUUUCAGAUUUUUAUUGGAAUUUCAGCGGAGACGCGGAAGCUAUGCCCAAAUUUUGAAUUUUUCUAAAAAAACUAUGGAUUUCUGGUCAAUUUUCAUGAAAAUCUCGAAUUUUCGGCCGUUUUUGUUGUUGUGUUGUAUAUGUUGCUUGUUUUUGUUUGUAGCAUGGUCCUUUGUGCAAUAUUGGCCCUUCACUUCACCUUUCCAAAUCCUCAAUUUCCUCUUCUAACCCACAUUAUUCGAUUUCUUGUCAAAAUCAACGAAAUUUGUAUAUUCGUACGAAAAAAUUGGCUGAAAAUGAGAAUGAAGAUGGGAUUUUGAAUGUGUUGUGCAAAUGUAAGGAGAAUUAUGAGACGCCCACGAAAUUUGCGAGAAAUGAGGUGAGUUUUGAGCAUUUUUUGCUCCAGAAAGCUGAAUUUUUGGCUUGAAAUCAGAGAAAUUGAUUUUUUUCACCCAAAAAUCAUGAAAAAUGAGCAAUUUUGAGCCUAGAAACGUGAAAAUUGACGAAAAAUAGCAAAUGCGCUCCAUUGAACUCUACCCGUUUUUAAAGAAAAUUCAAAUUUUUAUUUUUUUUUAAUGAGAAUUAAAUUUUUGUUCAUUUUGGAGAAUUUUAGUCAAAAAAUCAUUAACAAGGGAAGUGUAUAAGGUCCCGGAAUAAACUUUUAAUGAGACUUGGUACACAUAUAGAUUCGAACUCGCUGAUCUCAAAUUCGUUUUCAAAAAUUGCCACAAUUGCACCCAAGACGAGUUUUUCACCAUCGAAAAUGCGCCAUAUUUCUCAUUGUUUCAUAUGUCAAACAUUUACGGGCAAGAAAAAUAACAGCGGAUGGCAGAGUGGUUAGCGAUCUCGACUUUAAAAUUUUAGGUUUCGGGAUCGGUCCCGGCCCGUGGCGAACUUUUUUUUUUCAAAGUUUUUUUUUUCAAAAUUUUUUCGAAACCUGUAAAGAUGGGUACGUACCGACUUUGAAUUAUAAUUUUUUGUCUUCAUUUUUUUUCGUUUUUUUAAUUCUCGUCCAAAAUGUUACCUUCUGAACAAAUUUUGCACUUCGUAAUGGGUAAUUUCAAUGACAAUUGUACAAUCCCAAGAAAGUAUGUCUCCCGCGAGAACUUCAAAAAGUUCCUAACGGAAUUAUAAAUGUGUUGCGUAGUGUGGACAUCAACGAAAUUAUAGUUGAAAACGAUGAAAUUCUGAAACGAAUUGAAGAUGAUCCACCGGAUGAAGGUAACUUGGCUAGCUAUAAAUAUGAAAGCUAUAAAAAUAAAUAUGAAAGAUCAUCUUCAAUGUGUUCUGUUUUUUGAAAAAAAAAAUAAAAAAUUUUGAAAAAAAAAAGUUCGCCACGGGCCGGGACCGAUCCCGAAACCUAAAAUUUUAAAGUCGAGAUCGCUAACCACUCUGCCAUCCGCUGUUAUUUUUCUUGCCCGGAAAUGUUUGACAUAUGAAACAAUGAGAAAUAUGGCGCAUUUUCGAUGGUGAAAAACUCGUCUUGGGUGCAAUUGUGGCAAUUUUUGAAAACGAAUUUGAGAUCAGCGAGUUCGAAUCUAUAUGUGUACCAAGUCUCAUUAAAAGUUUAUUCCGGGACCUUAUACACUUCCCUUGUAAGAAUAGCUCAAAUCCUUAAAAUUGAUCUAUUUUGAUCUGAAAAUUAUGAAAAAUGAGCUAUUUUGAGCCAAAAUUGACUAAAAAUAGCAAAUGCGCUCUAUUGAACUCUACCCGUUUUUAUGAAAAAUUCAAAUUUUUAUUUUUUUUUUGAAUUUUAUAAAAUUUCUCAAAUUCCCCAAAUUUUCAGCCGCCAUCACCAGAACCUCAAGAAAAAUCUGAAAAUCGGGAAAAUUCUGAAAAUCCCUGUGAAGAUGCCAAAUUAUUGAUCGAUUUUUCAGCCGGCGAUUUUGAGAAUCUGAAAAUUUCGCAAGAAUCUGAAGAAGAUUUGGCUGAAAAUAGUGGAAUUAUUGAUGUUGUGAAUACGAGUAGUUUUUAUCAAGAAAAUGAAGAGAAUUUGGCUGAAAUUGGACAAGGAGAUGCUGAAAAUGCUGAAAAUUCCCUAGAAGAUGGUGAAAUUCAAGAAUCUGCUGAAAAUCCAACUCCAAAAGCUCAAAAUUUGGCUGAAGGAGAUGCUGAAACUCAAGAACUUGCUGGAAAUUUGUCUGGAAUUUAUUUGAGUGCUGAAAAUCCUGAAGAAGCUCAGGAACUUGCUGAAAAUGCUGAAACUAUGGAAUUUGAAGCUCCAGAAUUUGCUGAAAAUCAAGCUCCAGCUUCAGAAGAACCUCAAGAAUCAGCUGAUAACGACGAAAAUUUUAGACCUGUUCCAGAAACCGAAAAAUUCGCAGAAAAUGCUGAAAAAAUCGAGAAAGACGCUGAAAAUUUGGAUUUUGAGGCUGAAAAUCGCGCUGAAAACGAUGAGAAUCGAAAUUUGGCUGAGAAAUUGGAUUUUGAAGCUUCGGAAGCUCCAGAAGUUCAAAAAUCAAUUGAAAAUGCUUCAGAAUCUCAAAUUUUGGCUGAAAUAUCUUCAGAAUAUCAAAAUUUGACAGAAAAUGCUCCAGAAGAUCAAGAAUCAACUGAAAAUGCUCCAGAAUCUCAAAAUUUAGCUGAAAUUGCGGAAAAUUCAGCUCCAGAAGGUCAAAAAUCACUUGGAAUCGUUCCGGAAGCUCCAGAAGCUCAAAAAUCACCCAGAAUCGUUUCGAAAGCUCCAGAAGCCCAAAAUUUGGCUGAAAAUCCUUAUGAAGCUGAAUUUCUGGCUGAAAAUGCUCCAGAAGCUCAAAAGUCAGCGGAAAAGCCCCCAGAACCUCAAAUUUCGGCUCAAAAUCCCUAUGAAGCUGAAUUUCUGGCUGAAAAUCGUCUAGAAGCUCCAGAAUCUCCAAAUUUGAAUGAAAAUGCUCCGGAAGCUCCAGAAACUCAAUUUUCGGCUCAAAAUCCUUUUGAAGCUGAAUUUUUAGCUGAAAAUCGUCCAGAAGCUCCAGAAGCUCAAUUUCUAGACGAAAAACCUCCGGAAUCUGAAAAUCAGCCCAAGUUUUCACCAGAAACAUGUCCGCUUCCGGAUUUCAGCAAUUUCGAACCGGACCAUCAAAAUCCGCCGCUUCCGCGUUCGAAUCCAGUUUUAUCCGCAUCCAAUUACCCAGUGAUUCCCUCAAUUUCGGAAAUUGAUCGAAAUUUGGAAAAUAUACUCGCACAACCUGAAAACAACCUGAUGAACGAGUUUUUCUAUUCGCCACCUCAAGGUUAUCAGCAUCCGCAGCAAAUGCAGCCAAAUUAUUAUCAAAAUAUGCAUGGACAGCCUGAAUUUGGAGCCUUUGCUUAUCAUCAACCAAUGGUGGGUUUUUUUUAAUUGAAAAAUGCUGAAAAUCGCGAGUUUUGGCUGCGAAAACUGAAAAAUUCAAUGAAAACAGUCAAUUUUGACCCAAAAAUCAUUAAAAACUAUGAAUUUUGAGCUAAAAAUAGCAAAUGCGCUCUAUUGAACUCUACCCGUUUCUAUGGAAAAUUCAAAUUUUCAUUUUUUUUCUGACCGAUUUUGAGCUGAAAAUCGCGAGUUUUGGCUGCGAAAACUGUGAAAUUUAAUGAAAACGGUCAAUUUUGACCCAAAAAUCAUCAAAAACGAUGAAUUUUGAGCCAAAAAUAGCAAAUGCGCUCUAUUGAACUCUACCCGUUUCUAUGGAAAAUUCAAAUUUUCAUUUUUUUUUUCUGAUCGAUUUUUUAGCCUAAAAUUUGGAGAAUUUGGAAAGAAACAUAAAGCAUUGCUCAUGUUAGCCAGAAAAUUCCAGAUUUUCAUUUUUUACAGAUCCAACAUCAAUCGGUUCCACCAAUUCAUAAUCCAUAUUUGGCACACAUUCAAAAUCCCAAUCAACUUCAUCAUCCACAAUUUCAGCCAUUUCCAGCACAAUUUCGCACGCCAGACGUAGUUUUCACACCUUUUCCACCUAAAAAUCUGAAAAUUUCAGAAUUUUCAGCCUAAAAUUAGGCCACGCCCCCUUUUUUUGCAUGUUUCUAACCCAAAAAAAGUCUGAAAAUCUCAAAAAUCCACGAUUUUUUCAGCAACCCCUUGUUACUGUCGUCAAAAAGCUGAAAAUCGACAAGCAGCUGAAACCGGCGAAAAAAGUUGUAUUGAAAAUGGCAGGACAGAAAGAGGAAGUAUCAUUGAGUGAUGAUGAGGUGAGAAAAUUGACUGAAAUUUGGCUGAAACUCGAGAUUUUGGCUGAAAAUGAGCCAAAAAUCAUGAAAAAUGAGCAAUUUUAAGCCUAGAAACGUGAAAAUUGACGAAAAAUAGCAUAUGCGCCCCAUUGAACUCUGCCCGUUUCAAAGGAAAAUUCAAAUUCUUAUUUUUUUUUUCUGGUGAAUUUUUAUGAAAUUUGGGAUUAUUUGACUAGGAUGAGCUGAAUAUUGCUAAAAUUCAUGAAAUUCUCGAGUUUUGGCUGCGAAAUCUGAAAAUUUUGCGAAAUUGAGCCUAGAAACAUGAAAAAUGAUGAAUUUUGAGCCAAAAAUAGCAAAUGCGCUCUAUUGAACUCUGCCCGUUUUGUAGGAAAAUUCAAAUUUUCAUUUUUUUUUCUUUUGGUGAAUUUUGAUGAGGUUCGGGAUUUCUUGACUAGGAUGAGCUGAAAAUGAUCGAAAAUCAUGAAAUUCGCGAGUUUUGGCUGCGAAAACUGGAAAUUUCACGAAUUUUGAGCUGAAAAUGGUCCAAAUUGAUUGAUUUUGGUCUAAAAUUAGAAAAUGCGCUCUAUUGAACUCUUCCCGUUUUCAAGGAAAAUUCAAAUUUUCAGGCUUCAUCCUCAACUUCGUCUGGAAAAAUAGCAAAAACAACAAGCACAGAAGGUGAAGAUGAUAUGACCUAUGAAACACAAUUAUUUGUUUUCCCGCCAAAAAGUGUCGAAAAACAGGAAUAUGAUUCGGUUGUUGGUGAGUUUUGACCUGAAAAUCGUGAAAAUCGUGAAAUUUUGACCAAAAAUAGCAAAUGCGCUCCAUUGAACAAUCCCCGUUUUGUUGAAAAAUUCAAAUUUUCAUUUUUUUUUUCUUCACAAAAAAUCGCCCAAUUUUUGAAUUUUGCAGUUUGCGUCAAAGAUAUCCACACAUUAGCUCGUGAUGAAUUCAUCAAUGACGUCAUGAUAAGUUAUAAAAUCAAUUAUCUCAUCAAUUAUCAAAUCGAUAAAAGCCUUCGACCAAAAAUCUACUUUUUCAACACGUUCUUCUAUUCGGGAUUGUCGAAAAAUGUGAAUACGCCAAUGUUUUCGACGAAAAAUGGGAUUAGUGAAAGCGAAAAGAAGAAGGUGAGGUUUUGAGCCAAAAAUCAUGAAAAAUGCUCAAUUUUGAGCUAAAAUUGGCAAAUGCGCCCCAUUGAACUCUCUCCGUUUUGAUGAAAAAUUCAAAUUUUUAUUUUUUUUUGUUGAUGAAUUUUUUAGCCGAAAAUCAUGAAAGUUUUAUUUCAAUAUAAAUUUUCCGAUAUUUCAUGGAAAAUUUAACUGGAAAGCUGAAAAUCUGAAAAUUUUACUGAAAAUCAUAGUUUUAAGCUAAAAAUGAGCAAUGUUAAGCCUUGAAACAUGAACAAUGAUGGAUUUUGAGCCAAAAUUGACGAAAAAUAGCAAAUGCGCUCUAUUGAACUCUCCCCGUUUUGAUGAAAAAUUCAAAUUUUCAUUUUUUUUGCAGCUUCUCUCAAACGUGGAUCGUGUUUCAAAAUGGACGAAAAAAUUCGAUGUUUUCGGAAAAGAAUAUCUGGUUAUACCAAUCAAUGAGGAAUUUCAUUGGUAAGUCUGAAAAUUUCAGAUUUUUGGCUGAAAAUGAAUUUUUUCAGGCUUGUCGCAAUUAUUGUAAAUCCAUCUGGUGCAAUUGUGGAAACUGGAGAAAAUGAGGAGGAAAGUAGAAAGAAACCGAAAACUUGGAUUGUGUUUUUGGAUCCAUUGACUGGUUUGGAUCCUAGGAGACAGUGAGUGAUUUUUUGGCUGAAAAUUGGGGAAAUUUGGCUGAAAAUGAGUUCUGGGCUGAAAAUUUGAACAAAAAUGAUGAAAAAUGAGCUAUUUUGAGCAUUUUCAUGUGAAAAAUGGCUGGAAAUUUCUAAAAAUCUGAAAAUUUCGAAGUUUUUGUUAAAAAUAAGAGAAAUCACCUGAAAAUCUAAAAAUUUCGAGAUUUUCAGAUGAAAAUUACAAUUUCUGUCUGGAAAUCUCGAAUUUUUCUCGAGCGACGCAAGUCGUGAGUGUAAACCGCAAGCUUCCGCGUAAGCGGCACAAUCUUCCGCUUUAGCGGCCACGUGGUUUACUAUGAUAUGGCAAACGUCAUAUUUAUCCGCGUGGCCGCUAAAGCGGAAGCUAGUGCCGCUUACGCGGAAGCUUGCGGUUUACACUAGCUUCGCUCGAACCUCCAAGUCCUAUUCUGAAAUAUCUGAUAAAAAUCUGAAAAACUGGAAUUUUCAGCACAAAUUAUUGGGCAAUUCAGUAACUAUAAACUAGUUCCUGAAUUGUUCCUAAAUUUGUGCUGAAAUUCCAGCAUUUUUCAGAUUUUUAUUGGAAUUUCAGCGGAGAUGCGGAAGCUAUGCCCAAAUUUUCUGGAAUUUCCCAUCAAAAACUUGCAAUUUUUUGCAGAAAAAACAUGUGUUCAUGUAUUCGCUAUUAUUUGACCGGAUUAUACAAUAAAACAAAAGCUGCGGGAAUGAAAUUUGCCACCGAAAAACCGACGAUUUUUGAUGAGAGCCGAAUCGAAGUGAUUAGACCAGCCAAUUUACCGGUUCAGAAUAAUUAUUAUGAUUGUGGAUUGUUUGUGUUGUAUUUCAUUGAGGCGUUCUUUUGUGGAUUGAAACCGAUUACUGUGCAGGUGAAUUGGGGGAAAAUUGGAUGAUUUUGAGCUAGAAAUCAUGAAAAACACCUAUUUUCACCCACUAUUGACUAAAAAUAGCAAACGCGCUCCAUUGAACUCUCCCCAAUUUCUCGAAAAAUUCAAAUUUUCAUUUUUUUUUUCAGGAUAUUCCGAAUAUGGAUUGGAAGAAUUAUUAUGAGAAUGGUGAAGAGAUGGCGGAUUUAAUGAGAGAUAAAUUGUAUAAUUCCGCUUUGAGAUUAUUGGAUGAAGCUGUGAGUUUUCUUUUUUGGCUGGGAAUUUGACUGAAAAUCAUAAAAAAUUUUGAAUUCUCGAGCGGAGCGAGUGUAAACCGCAAGCUUCCGCGUCAGCGGCUACGUGGUUUACUAUGAUAUGGCAAACGUCAUAGUAAUCCGCGUGGCCGCUAAAGCGGAAGCUUGCGGUCUACACUCGCUCCGCUCGAAAACCCUUUCCAAGUCCUAUUCUGAAAUAUCUGAUAAAAAUCUGAAAACUGGAAUUUUCAGCACAAAUUAUGGGACGAUUCAGUAACUAUAAACUAGUUUCUGAAUCGUCCCUUAAUUUGUGCUGAAAAUUCCAGCAUUUUCAGAUUUUUAUUGGAAUUUCAGCGGAGAUGCGGAAGCUAUGCCCAAAUUUCGAGCGGAGCGAGUGUAAACCGGAAGCUUCCGCGUCAGCGGCACUAUCUUCCGCUUCAGCGGCCACGUGGUUCAUUGUGGUACAGUUUCUACGUCAUAGCAAGUCCACGUGACCGCUAAAGCGGAAGAUAGUGCCGCUUACGCGGAAGCUUGCGGUCGACACUCGCUUCGCUCCAGAAAAACCCUUCCAAGUCCAUUUCUGAAAUAUCUGAUAAAAAUGUGAAAACUGGAAUUUUCAGCACAAAUUAUGGGACGAUUCAGUAACUAGUUUAUAGUUUCUGAAUCGUCCCUUAAUUUGUACUGAAAAUCUAGAAUUUUCAGAUUUUUAUUGGAAUUUCAGCGAAGAUGCGGAAGCUAUGCCCAAAUUUUGAAUUCCGCAAGCUUCCGCCCCCCAAAAUCACCCAUAUUUCCAGCCUCGUUCUCGCCUCCAAAAACACGAGCUCCGCAUGAAACACGGUCUUUCAACCGAAGGCACCGCCUCUCGAAAACAUCGCCGUCAUUCGGCCUCAAAUUGUCUGCCACGUGGCAAAUCGCGUCAUUCCAAAUACUACAUUCAACACUAUUCAAUGUCGCCACCACCCAAAAAUCUCAUCGAUAUGCCAUUCUUCUCGAAUCCGCGACCGAUGGCCAAAGUUCCGAUAACUCGACGAGUUCGACAAUUGAGAAUGCCUGAGGAGAAAUUUGCCAGCAUGUAUUAGGAAAGGUUGGUGAAUUUGGGCUGGAAAUGUGGAAAAUAAGCUGAAAAUCAUGAAAAUCGACCUGAAAACCAUCAAUUUUGACCCAAAAACCAUGAAAAAUGAGCUAUUUUGAGCCAAAAUCAGCAAAUGCGCUCUAUUGAACUCUACAUGUUUUUAGGGAAAAUUCAAAUUUUCUUUUUUUUUUCUCUGGUGAAAUUUUGUCGAAAUUUGGAAUUUUCUGACUAGGAUGAGCUGAAAAUUGCUGAAAUCCAUGAAAUUCUCGAGUUUUGGCUGCGAAAACUGGAAAAUUCGCUGAAAUUUCGUCAUUUUGAGCCUAGAAACAUGAAAAAUGAUGGAUUUUGAGCUAAAAUUAGCAAAUGCGCUCUAUUGAACUCUCCCCGUUUUGAAUGAAAAUUCAAAUUUUUAUUUUUUUUGUCAGGUCUGAAAUUAUCGAUUUACGGCCUAAAAUCGGGCCUAGGCUUAUCUAGACUCCAAAAAUCCCCAAAUUUUGAAGCCCAAUCCAAUUUAGGCCCGGAAAAUCUGAAUUUUUGGAAAAAUUCUACUUUUUUCUUCAGAAAAAACUAAAAAUUUGAAUUUUUCAACAAAAAUCCCAUUUUUUCAGAUUCCACGUGGCAUUUUUCACCUCCUUCUCUUCAAAAAUCUCCCCAACUUCACCCAACUUCCAAUUUUCCCGAUCUCCCGCCUCCCCGCUAA